AUAGAGACGGAGAUGCGCAGCAAGAGCGCCGCCCACUUGCCGGCGCCGUUAGGACUCGAUGGGCCUGGAGUCGCUCUGUUCCCUCCUUAAUCUUGCGUCCCCCAGUGUCGGGCCAGAGCGUCGCCUCAGCCCCCCCCCCGCUCCCGAUGGCGUAUCCGCGCCCCGGGACAAGCGUCCCCGUGGGGGUGUGGGCGGAACACGGGCCCCUCGCGGCUGCCAGGCCGGCUCCGGCCCGCUCGGCGCUGGGGCAGCGGGGGGCGUGUUUAGAGCUGGGUGGUCGCGAGGCUGGGGGCGGCGGCGGCGGCGGCGUUACGGCAGCUACCACCCGACCCGCCGCAGGGCCCGGGACUGCGGGAAGGCGGGUGAGAGGGGGCGCGCGCUGCGAGGGAUGGUUGAAGGGGAUGAUGGCAUCCAUUUGUGAGCGCACUUUCAUUGCCAUCAAGCCUGAUGGAGUCCAGCGGGGACUAGUGGGAGAAAUCAUCAAGAGAUUUGAACAGAAGGGUUUCAAACUGGUGGCCAUGAAAUUCAUGCAAGCCUCUGAAGACCUUCUGAAAGAACACUACAUUGAUCUGAAAGAUCGACCAUUCUACGCUGGUUUGGUUAAAUAUAUGCACUCUGGACCUGUUGUAGCUAUGGUGUGGGAAGGUCUUAAUGUGAUUAAGACUGGCAGAGUAAUGCUGGGGGAAACUAAUCCAGCAGAUUCCAAACCUGGUACCAUACGUGGUGACUUCUGUGUUCAAGUUGGCAGGAACAUCAUUCAUGGCAGUGAUUCUGCAGAAAGUGCUGAGACAGAGAUCAACCUGUGGUUCACUCCUGAGGAGUUGGUUCAAUACACAAGCUGUGCUCAUCAGUGGAUUUAAGGGCUAGUCUGCUAUGGCAGCGCUUUAAUGUGGCCUGUGUAGUUGGGGCAGGGCGCUGGGAGAGAGCUCCCAGCACUCUAAAAAAAAAAACACUUUCACGAGAGGCGUAGCUACCAGCGCUGGUGCAGUCUACACUGGCGCUUUACAGCACUGAAACUUGCUGCGCUCAGGAGGGUGUUUUUUCACACCCCUGAGUGAGAAAGUUGCAGCGCUGUAAAGUGCCAGUGUAGACAAGCCCUAAGAGUAAAACCUGGUCUGUGACUUUUAACAUCCACUCAUUCCAAUGAUUAUGAACCCAGAAACAGUUCAUAUUGCCAUUAUCCUUUAGUUAUUUCAAGGCAUUUCUGUAUAAACUGGUGGAAAUCUCUUUCUCUCUAAUCUGUGUUGUGAAUAUUACAUGUAACCAGUGUUAACAACUGCUGCUCUAGUUAAAAAGCUAUUGAAUUAUUAAUUGGGAAGCUUUCUAACUCUCUGUGUGUAGACAAGAGAAGAGGAUUACAAUGGGGAAAGGAUCUUUAAUUAACGACUAAACACAAAGCAUAAACUUUCAUGAAAUGCUCUGUAACCCCCAGAGGAUAACUUGGUAUAUAGUACACAUCAGCACACAGUCUAAAAUGGCUUAGUGGCGUUAAAAUUUGUUGUCAGACUUUAUUAAACCACCAGGUCAUGCAUGUUGCUCUGUAAAUAGAUCCAUAAUAUCCCUAAAAUACAGGAAUUAAAGAAUGAUAUAGAAGUAAGGUUAGCAAAAAGUAAUUUAAAAAACUGUGAUAAACAGCUAUGGGAAAAAUUCAAUUUUUUUUUCUCUCCAGAAAAGCAGUGCAGUUAUACAUAGGCAACAGCUUCACUUUGAAAAUAAGGGUUUUAACUAGAUUGCUACUUUAAACUCAUCAUUUUCCACCUUAGGAUCAGUCAUUUAUGUAGCAUUUUAAAGCAGGAUUAGCAUGGCAGCUUUUUAAAAUGGCCUUUUAUGAGAAAAGAAGAUUAAUGUGCAAGGGCUGCUCAGUAGGCUUUACCUCUUGUCACUUCAGUGUAGCAUUCUGUUUGUCAUUAGUAAGCAUAUCAGCAUUGCAUUAUAUCUCCAUGCAAACAACUGACGACAGCUCAGAUAUAUUCUUUCCUUAAUUGCUUGAAUGGCAAAGUAAACUGUGCUUGGAUAAGCUUUUUCAAAAGUGACUUUGGAACUCACGAGCCUAAGUUUCAGUAGUAGUCAACGUGCUUUUUAAAACUUUACCCAUUGUAUUUAAACUUAUUCAUAUGACAGUUUUUCUGUAAUAUUAAACAGGUCCCAGUAGUGCAGUUUAGUUCUAGCCACAAACCUUUCAGCGUCCUGCAGAGUUGCUAUGGCUGUAUUCAAUGUCCAACUGUUGUAUUCAGCUCAGGAGCCAGAAGUGGUAUCUGGCUGAAUAGUGGAUACAGCAAUAAAUGAGUAGCAUAUUUAUUCAGUUAUAAUAGGAUGUUAGUUAAAAAGCAAAACACAACACAACAAUAAUUAUCUGAACACCCUAACAUUGCAAAUCACCAUUAGAUACAAAAUUUCCUCUUGUGUUUUGCUACUAACUUGAUGACAUCACUCAUUCCUAAAACAAAACCUGCACAUAAACAUUUGCCUUUGAUUAAGCAAUAGAAAUUUAGUAGAAUUUCAUGUCCAAUACCCAAGCAUGAUGAAAGCAUUAAACCCAUUUUUUUAAAAUGACGCUGGCAAUUUAAAUCUAUUCAGAAAAUCAGUAUUUUUAGAAAAAACUUAAUUUUUCUUUAAAAAGUGGAACAAUGUACUUCAGCACAGUCUCUGUUCAGAAUGCUCCUUUGACUGUAAUAGAUACUUCUACAUCACGCUAUUUAGAUCUGCCUUUUAAAAUAUUUGAUAGCAGUAAAGUGAGUGUUAGAAAAACUCAGAGGAAUGAUGAGUAGUCUUGCUAUAGCCUUAUCUCCUAAACUGUACUCUUCCAGAGUCUGUGGCUGUGGGGUGCCAGAGGGAAGGGUAGUGGGAGAGUCUGUCUCCUAGUUUUGAGGAGGAAGAGAUAAAUGGUUAUUUUCACUGGGAGGAACCAGAAGAAAGUAGAGCCUUGCUCCAACUUGCUUGUGCAUUAUCAUAAAUGACCAAUAGGAAGAAGUGGCUGAAUUAAAUAUGCUGCACAUACUGCAACAGAGAAGCAGUUCUUUGUAAUUUGGCUACAUCUGUAUAUUUGGAAAAUCAUUGCGAAAAUCAACUGAAUGUAUUAAUGGUGAAUGUAUUAGAUGGACCAUUUCGUGAUCUGUUAGCUACAUCUUUCAGUUCACAUUACUGUUUCUUUAGCUCACGAUAGCAUGUACAAUGUUAAAAAAAAUGUGAAAAGCAUCACAUCUUGUUUCUUUCCUUUGUUACCUACUAAUCUCUUCAUGAUCAUGGGCAUAGUCAUCAUCACUAAGCACAGUGGAUAUGAGACUAUGUAAAAGACUCAUUUUCUAAAAAUGGUUUAACAAACACUUUGUCCUUUCUGUUUAAAUAGAUACACUUAGGCCAGGGAUUUUUACACAAUUUUUUUUCAAGUAUCCCAAGCCUCGCAAGUCUAAGACAGCUGAUCCAAGCCAGCCAUGCCGUCACUUGCUGUGGGUCUUUUAUUGCUGUGUAGAUGUACCCUAAGAGUACCUUCUCCCAGCCCUGAAGAAGAGCUCUGUGUGUCUCAAAAGCUUGUCUCUUUCACCAACAGAAGUUGGUCUCAAUAAAAGAUAUUACCACACGUACCUUACACUCUUCCUGACAGCUAACACUUCUCACCACUUUUAUCUUAAUACUAUCUAAGUUAAUAUCCAUUUCCAAAUCUGUCUGUGACUAUGGUUGAGGUUCUUUGUACCAUUAAUUGUGGUUCAUGUUUAGAAGUAAUCCAAUUAUGUGAUCUAGAGGAAACUCAUUUCAAACCCUGUUGUACGUCCACCAGAUUAGGAGACAAAAUCAUUGUGGUAAUCACUGAAGUGUAUGUGAAAUACUUAUUAAAGAGGUAAUCCUGAAGGAA